CCUUAUCUUAUCGCGCGCGCCCUCCUCCCGCGUUUUUCUCCUCUCCCCGUCGCAGAGCAGAGCGCGCCAUCCAGGAACCCGCGAGCUCGCCAUGGCCAUGGCUUCCACCGCCGUCUCCUCCACCCUACCCCUCUUCCACGUCCGCACCGCCUCCUCCGCUCCCGCGGCGCUCCGGUUCACCACCCGCGGCCGCGGCGGCGGCCGCCACUCCGUCGCCUGCAACUCCACGGCGGCUUCUUCCCCCAAGGUGCUCGAGCUCGGGGACGCCAUCGCGGGGCUCACCCUGGAGGAGGCCAGGGGCCUCGUGGACCACCUCCAGGAGCGCCUCGGCGUGUCCGCGGCCGCGUUCGCGCCCGCCGCGGUCGUCGCGGCGCCCGGCGCCGCGGGCGGCGGCGAGGACGGCGCGCCCGCCGAGAAGACGGAGUUCGACGUGGUGAUCGAGGAGGUGCCGAGCAGCGCGCGCAUCGCGACCAUCAAGGUGGUGCGCGCGCUGACGAACCUGGCGCUCAAGGAGGCCAAGGACCUCAUCGAGGGUCUCCCCAAGAAGGCCAAGGAGGCCGUGAGCAAGGAGGAGGCCGAGGAGGCCAAGAAGCAGCUCGAGGAGGUCGGCGCCAAGGUGUCAAUCGCCUGACCUCCCUGACGAACACACGCACUAGGCUACUAGGACACCCAAAUCUUGCUCAAUUUUUUGUGUUGCAUUACACCUCGAGACAUUUUGUAUCAUCGUUGUUUCGCUGCAAGAAUUGAAUAACUGGAUUUGCCAAAUCAUACAUUCCGGUUUAUACAUUUCCUUUGAAGAAUUGAUGUGCAUAUACAGAUA